GACUUGUUUCCGCUCAUUGACUCCAACAUUUUUCAUGUAGCAUUUUCAUACCAAAAUAGCAGAAGAUAUUUUAGAAUUCCACAAGAAUCCCAAUCUCUUGCAGCCAUUUUUUCCAACAUCCGAAGAGGAUCUGAUGUCAGAAUUAUAGGAAGGUUGCGUCACGUUUUUCAUGGUAGCAAGAACAGACAAAACUACACACAUUGAUACGUCACAAGUUUCAACCAAAGUCCAAAACACUGAGUCAUGAGAGAGAGAGAGAGAGAGAGAGUUUCAUUUCAUGUUCUUAACCUUUCUAUCUAUCUGUCUUUUCUUUUCUUUUCAUUUUGAUAGAAAUCUUUCUUUUCUCUUUUCUAUCAAAGCUUAUGGAUAAUCAGGACAAUCAAAGUUUGAAGAAGAAUCAUCUUCCACUAUUCUUGCUUCUUCUCAGUAAAAUUCUCUUGUUCUCUCAACAUGUCUCAAGUGAAACUGAUUCAAUUUCCAUGUCUCAGCAACUUCCUGAAGGGAAAACCUUGGUUUCACAAGGUGGAAGCUUUGAAUUUGGUUUCUUCAGCCCAGGAAGUUCUGAAAACCGUUACUUGGGGAUAUGGUACCAUAAUAUUCCAGUAAGAACAGCUGUUUGGGUUGCAAAUAGAGCCAACCCUGUCAAAGAAAAAUCUAGCAUGCUGCAUAUAAACAAUGAGGGAAAUCUUGAUCUAGUUAACCAAAAUGGCAGUGUAAUUUGGUCAGCAAAGUCAACAAAGAAGGCGCAGAGUCCAAUUCUUCAGCUCUUAGAAUCCGGGAAUCUAGUUCUGAGAGAUGAAACUGACCAAGAUCCUGAACAGUUUCUAUGGCAAAGCUUUGAUUACCCUUGUGACACACUCUUGCCAGGAAUGAAGCUAGGAUGGGACCUUAAAACUGGUCUAGAGAGGCGUGUAACGGCUUGGAAGAAUUGGGAUGAUCCAUCACCAGGUGAUUUUUCUUGGGGUAUCUCAAUUCUAGGUGUUCCUCAAGUUAUGAUGUGGAAAGGCUCUGAUGAAUUCUAUCGUGGCGGUCCAUGGAUUGGUAUUGGAUUCAGCGGUGCACCAGAGUUGAAGACUAAUCCGCUUUUCGAGUUCAAGUUUGUAUCCAACAAUGAUGAAGUUUACUACACAUUCAAUCUCACAAAUAAGUCUAUGAUUUCAAGAGUUGUUAUGAACCAAACAUUGCUUACUCGCCAGCGAUAUAUUUGGAUUCAAGAUGCCAAAUCUUGGAGGCUAUAUGCUUCUGUGCCUAGAGAUAACUGUGACUCUUAUAGUCUCUGUGGUCCUAAUUCAAAUUGUAUCAUAGCUGAUUCGCCAGUGUGCCAGUGUUUGACAGGUUUUGAGCCUAAAUCGCAGCAGAGUUGGGACAUGAUGGAUUGGACUCAAGGAUGCAUACUCACUGACAAAUUGAGCUGUAAUGAUACCAGCAAAGAUGGGUUUAUGAAAUUCAGUGGAUUGAAGUAUCCAGAUACUUCACAUUCUUGGGUCAAUCAGAGUAUGAAUCUUAAUCAAUGCAGGGAUGAAUGCUUGAAGAAUUGUUCCUGUAAAGCGUAUGCGAAUUCGGAUGUUAGAGGAGAAGGUAGUGGCUGUUUGAUGUGGUUCAGUGAGCUCCAAGAUAUUCGACAGUUUUCUGGUGGUGGUGGUCAAGAUGUUUAUAUUCGAAUGAAAAGCUCGGCUAUAGGUAGGAGAGGCCAUAACAUGAAUUUGGCAGUGAUAUUAAUCAGCCUUGCCUCUGUAAUUGUGGUGUCUCUGGUUUUGUACUUUAUAGGCAAGAGAAUCAUAAGCUUAAGAGCUAAGAACACAGAGAAGAAGUUAUUGGUGGAGAAACAUGAUGAUGAAGGUGAUAAAGAAGAUCUAGAGCUUCCAAUCUUUGAUCUUGCUACAAUUGUCAAAGCAACUGGUGACUUCUCAUUCAGCAAUAAACUUGGAGAAGGUGGAUUCGGAACCGUAUACAUGGGUACCUUAGCAGAUGGACAAGAAAUUGCUGUGAAGAGACUCUCACGGAGUUCUGGACAAGGAUUGAAUGAAUUUAAGAAUGAAGUGAUAUUGAUUGCUAAACUUCAGCAUCGAAAUCUUGUUAAGCUUCUUGGAUGCUGUAUUCAAGGAGAUGAGAAGAUGCUUGUCUAUGAAUACAUGCCUAACAAAAGCCUAGACUCUAUUAUCUUUGAUCAUGCCAAAAGUAAAGUUUUAGAUUGGUCUAAGCGCUUCAACAUCAUUUGUGGAGUUGCGCGGGGACUGCUUUAUCUUCAUCAAGAUUCUAGGCUAAGGAUAAUACACAGAGAUCUUAAAGCGAGUAAUGUGUUACUUGACAGCGAGUUGAGUCCCAAAAUAUCCGAUUUCGGCAUGGCUAAAACUUGUGGAGGUGAUCAAACAGAAGGAAAUACAAAUAGGGUGGUUGGAACAUACGGCUACAUGGCACCUGAAUAUGCUAUUCAUGGACUAUUCUCAGUCAAAUCCGAUGUCUUUAGCUAUGGCGUAUUACUUUUGGAGAUAGUAAGUGGUAAAAAGAACAGAGGAUUUUCUCAAUCAAAGAACUAUAUAAACCUUAUCGGACAUGCAUGGAUAUUGUGGAAAGAAAACAGGCCACUAGAGUUGAUUGAUCCUUGCAUGGAGAAUUCAUGUGAUUUAUCAGAAGCAUUGCGUUGCAUCCACAUAAGUCUUCUAUGUGUGCAACAGAACCCUGAGGAUAGGCCAACAAUGUCAAAUGUGGUUGUGAUGUUGGGAAGUGAGGGUCCCUUGCCCCAACCUAAGGAACCUGCUUUCCUCACUGAGAAGUACUCUUUUGAAGUAGAUUCUUCUAGCAAACAAAUAUCAUCUUCUACCAAUGAAAUAAGUGUUACCAUGUUAGAGCCUCGUUAGUGGAUCAUUUAUGUAACACCAACUUAGAUCUUUGUGUUGUGCACAUUAUGUUGUGUUUUAGUAGUACCACUUAUUCUACUUUGAUAUGCACACAAUUGGGAAUGGAACUAUAGAUGUAGCAUUUGUAUAUGUAAGUGGUGUUUUUCUUA